GCCCUCUUGUGCUGAAAAUUGGGUACGGUGUCAAAUUCAUGAUGGCCGACUAGCAACGAGAGAAGCUCUUUUGAAUAUUUCCUGCGCGGCUAGUUUAAUCGCUUUGACAGUGUGAACUGUUGCCAAACAUCUCGUCAUAGCGAACAUUUAACCCCAAUAAUGAUGAUCUAUCGGUACGAUGGUCUUUGGUGCUCAAGUAAACACAACCUAAUGUAGCAUCUGUUGAGUAGGGUCUUGCCUCAUGGAAACCGCUACGACACCAGCCCCCAAUGAGCUGCUCCUGCCCGUCCCAGUCAUCGUUGUUUUAGCCGUCGGAGGAUACCUACUUCUAAUUGUUAUUCUUCUUGUGGUUCGCCAAUGUCUUGUGGCACGGGGCAUCUGCAUGGCCUGCUCACCCUGCGGAAAAGAAGACGGUAGUCUACAGUGUUGUGAUUGUUGGAUCUCUUGUGCCGAGGGGUGCAACUGCUGUGCCUACCCUAACACCAAGUCAUGUCUUGACUCUCUGUGUGGACCUCCUGAUGAUAGGUGCAGCAUUGCUAAAUGUUUAUCCUGCCAGACGUGUCAAAAUGAAACCUGCUGUGGAGACGACAGCUCAGGUUUCGAGUUAUGUGGGGGCGGGGAUACCUGCUCAAGCACUGGGUGUGAAUCCUGUUGCAGUUGUGGUGGCCCAUCGUGUUGUGAUGGGAGCCUAACUGACUCAUGUUGUGGGGAUGGGGGUCUUUGCUCCUGUCUGAGCUGUGAAGUGAGUAUUUUUGUUAAAUCAUCCUUUUUUGAUUUUAUUGAAGACCUUUGGGUAUCUUCAUCUGUAGAAGUACCUUUAGUCCAACAGAUGUACAUUUAAAAUUGGUCUUUUAGUGUUAGCAAGGCUUGAAUUUUUGGAAACGGUUUCGAACAGUAUACUCUGCUCAUCUUCAGACCAAACCGGCUCUUUUCAGAGUCAACACUCCCUCAAAAAGUGAUUUCGUACUUUGUUGUAACCACAAGUUUAUAUAGUUUAUUAUGAUUCACACCAUGCAAAGCUUUAAACAUUACUUAGUCUUGGGCAAGUUGAAUAUCAAUUUUGCAGUGAAGGUCUCCUGAAAAGGUUAAAUGUGCUCAUUCUUCCCAAUUGUUUUAUUCUGUCAGUGCAUAUAUCCUAUUUUAAUUUAGGAUUUGGUUGUCAACGACAGUAGAAAUGUUGACUCUGUUUUUAGACCAUGAUGUCAAGAUCUCAACCCAGGUCUUUCCCAUAUAUAUUUUUGUCAAAUCCUGCUUAUUGCAUGUGUUCAGGAAAACUAGUUCUCAUAAAGUUGCUUUGCUUCAGUUGUAUCAAAGUUUUAUUGCAAUUACAUCUUAUGAUCAUCCAUUAUGCAAAUCACUCUCCAUGGCAGUGUAAGACCCUUUUGGAAACCCUGGCUUAAGCCCGGUUCAUGCUCCCUGCGAAUGCGAUUGCGAAACGAAACAUUUGCUGCAAAAAACAGGGCUGUAAAGUCAAAACUCAUAUCGCAUUUAAAUUCCCAGACAGUAUUUAGUUUUGGACUUGAGCCAUGGUUUUGAAAAGGACCUGAGAUAAAAUGUACAAUCUUUGAAAAUUCGUUUAAUAGUGAAAUCUUUCAUUAUUCAUUAGUCAUUGAAGUCAAAAUUCAUAUUGCAUUCGAAUUCGCAGACAGUAUUUUGUUGUGGGACUUGAGCCAUGGUUUUGAAAAGGACCCGAGAUAAAAUGUACAAUCUUUGAAAAUUCAUAGUGAAAUCUUUCAUUAUUCAUUAGUCAUUAUGUUUCACCCAUGUUAAUAUGCUAUACAGUGUAAACCAUAGCGUUAUAUAAUCGUAUGAUCUGACUACAUGUACACUAAUUGAUGACAGUGACUAGUCCGCAAAAGCAAACAAAUGUCACGAGCAGCCUCUGUCUGCCGCACUCACCAUUUUGGGAGUCAAAUUGCAUGUGAACUAGACUGUAUAACACACCCGAAAAUUGACUCCCAAAAUGGUGCGACCAAGAUAGUGUGAUGAUGACAUGUGUUGAAUCGGGUCAACAGACGGCUGGGAAAUAUAGAAGUAACUAAAAAAGAAUCAUUGGCAUUCGACCUCUUUGGACUUUUCCAUAGAUUAUAUCUGCAGUUGUUGCCUGGUUUUCUUUUAGAUAUAGGUAAUUUUCCAUACAGGGCUAUAUUUUAUUGCAGGGGCUGGUCAUAAAUGACAGUCCAGUUAUUCUUUGCUAUUAACUCCACACAAAUGUUCUCACUAAUCAUAAGGUUUAUACAUGUAAUUGUUUCUGCGGAGACUUUCAAAACAGAACUAAAGAUGACUGCUCUUUACACAAGCGUACUUUGUCUGUUCUUAGCAAUGAGUUUUCACAAUGUUUAAUCAUUGUACAUCUAUUUCAUUUUGCCGAAGCACAAUGAGUAAUGUAUUUUAGAAUGUGCGCUUUAUAAAUAAAUAAAAGUAAAAAUGGUAGUUUCUUAUACAGCGUGCAUAUCUGUCACUCAGUGACACUCGAGUGCUUCAACAUACAGCAUUUCCUGCAAGGUAUGUGGGACUACGU